UUUUCCUAUACAAUGACAUACUUGUGUGUCAUAUGUUCAAAAGAUACAGGAAACAUCAUGAAGUGUUUUCCACGCCUAUGCUAUUAGUUUGUCAUCGGGAUUUCGACCUAGAUAUUCCUCAAAAUCCUGAAGCAGAGCUAAGGGUUCUCUUAGGACAGGAAAAUGCCGAAUGUUUCCGUUCUAUCAUGGCUUUCUUUUUUGAGAGACCAACUGUGCGGGCCAAGCUACGAAACCUUCGAACAAUGCGAGAUGAAGACCUAGAUCAAGAAUAUAUUCGAAGUAGACAGCAAUUAGAAAUGUACUUGAAAAAAGAGACAAAACCCUUAUGUACAUACAAUGGUGGUCGGAUAACAGCAAAUGAAGGGAUCUUAGAGAAACAUUGAUAUUGUUAACAAGAAAAGAAACAAAAAGAAAAAAGUUGCCGCUUCUGGGAUUUGAACCAAUUGCAACGCCUCUUAGUUUCAAUGAAGUUGACAUGUUUGUUGAAGCCAUUCGCAAGAUAUUUAAUGCUGUUAUUGAGGAUAAUUUGGAGGGGAUAUCUAAAAAUUUGGUUGGUCUACUGCGGGAACAGAAUGAUGUUAUGAUAAAAGAAGCAGUAAAUCAAUACACACAAGAAAUGAAACACAAAUGGCCGAGCUAUUCAAAAGCAGAGUCUGUCCACAAAGAAAUACAAGUUUCCUUAAAGGCUGAACUAAAGGAAAGACUGUAUGACAUUGAAGGACAAAAGAACUCAUUAUUGUAUCUGUUUGAGGUAAAAACAGAACGUGCUUUUCAAAGCAUUUCUGAGGAAAAAGCAAAUGAUCAACUUUUGAAACUGAAUUCAACAAUUGAGUCAAACUACACUAACAGGUCCUAUUUUGUAAUAGGCGGUUCCGAUAGGUUUCGAGCUGACAUGGAUUCUCUUGAGGACAGAUACAGGCAGUGUGUUAAUCUAGGUCCAAAAGCAAUUAUAGUGUGGGAGAAUUAUAAAGAAACACUUUUGAAUAAAAGACAAACGAUACAGACCAAGGAAAAUAUCUUGCAUCAAGAGAUGGAAAGUACAAGACGCCGUGAGCAAGCAAGAAAAGAAAGAGAGAGAAUAAUUGCUGAGAGGAAUCGACAGGCAGAAAGGCGUGAAGAAAUGAAUAGGAGGCAGGAAUAUGAGCAACGUCGGAGGAAUGAAGAGAUGAAUGAAAAUGCAAUGAAUAUUGUAGCAGGUAUUGCAGAGAUUGGAUUGAGGCUGUUGUUUAAUAGUCUUACCAGAUGAAGAGCCUUUGUUUUAGUCUACUUAAAAUUCUAUCACUAUUCAUAGAAGUUUUGUUUGCGAAGGAAAUAUCAAAUUUCAUCAUACCGCAUACUUUUCAUACAGUUAUAUUCCCGUACAUUAUAUACAAUUUGAACUUAUUUUGCUCUAUGUUUUCUGUAGCAAAUAUUUUAUCAUUGCUUUCUACGAUUAACAUUGCGUAAAACAAAACUAGGGUUUUUAUUCAUUAACUUCUAUAUUUGACCCGGUACGUUUGUUCAAGUUAUCCUUCAUCGUAGACACAGAAAUAAAAGAGAAAAAGAAAGACAAAAAAAAAACAACGUUAAAUCGUUAAAUAUCCCCAUAAAAGACAUUAAGACUUUUUGUUUUCACUCGUAGGAUAUUGUGUCUUUGCAUAAUUUCAUAGUAUUUGCAUGUUAAAUAAAGUUAAAUUGACAAAUAUGAGGAACCACUAGUUAUUUAUAAGGACCAUUUUGGUGAAAAAUGAACAAAAUAAGCACGUAAUGUGUAACAAAACAUAAUUAUUGGAUAAGUGAAUCACGCUUAAUUAAGUUUGUUCCGGCAGAAGUAUGUGGCUCUUCAUUUGCUACCCUGAGUGUUUUGUUCAGUUUGAUUAUACUAAUAUAAAAUCCGAUUUGUUUGUUUGCACGUCUCAAAUCAUGUUUUCUAACUAUUUAUUUGCUUAUUAUGAAACAUAUUAAUAGUUUGAGUAGGACAUAGAUUGUGCUUGUUUUCAACACUUCUUACCUAUAUGUUAAACAACAAUAAGAUGGCAAGGCAGGCGUAUAAGCUUGUUUCUGUCCCUAAUUUCCAUUAUGUUGCUUCGUAAAAAAGAUAUGUUUGUUAUUGCUUCCAAUAUUAUGCUACAAAUGAAGUGCGUGGAAAGUAUACUAAAAUAUAAUAUUUAGUUUGAUUGUAUAAAGCAUGUGAAUAAAACACUAUGGGAAAUGAUAAAAGUGAGCGUGUGUUCUUUCAUUAGCCUGACUGUGUGAUGUGUGUUUUUAUACUGUUCUAAAUAACACUGUAGGUGCAUACGAUAUAUCUAUUACCCACCUGAACUAUUUGAUAUGCUGAUUAAUAUGUUGGAUCCAAAAAAAUAUAUGUUUGUACAUUACUCUUAAUGCAUCUACCUAACAAAAUUAAACAUUAAAAGAAAAUGAAAUUAACAUAUAAUUGUUGUAUGUGUGAAUCAUUACUUUGUACAGUUUUGUAUUAUAUUACAGUGUAAGUUAAGGAGUCAUAUUGGCUUUGUGUUUUCUUUUUCUACAACAUUUACUCUAUUAAUCAUAUUUGUAAUAUCAUCAUAUUGAAUAAAUGCUUGAUGUGUA